AAAACUGUUGCGCGCCAAGGUGAGGUGAGGUUGCAGCCGGCGAAGUCGUGAAAAUCGGGGUGAGCUAGUCCAGUGAUUGUCGACGUUUUAGUCACGAAAUGGCCGAUACUGACGCCGAGCAGCGGAUCCGAGAAUGCCAGCGGGAGUACCUCGAAUUUUUAGACGACGAGGACGAUCAAGGAUUUUACAGCCACAAAGUCAAAGAUCUGGUCACCAAGAAAGAACGCAGAAUCAUCGUCAACAUCAACGAUCUGCGAAAGAAGAAUGCCGCCAGAGCUAAAGGAUUGCUCAAUCACACGAGUGAAGAGAUCAUCGCUUUCCAGCGUGCACUCAAAGAAAUGGUCAUCUCUGUUGACCCACUGCUUGCAAAAGAACGAGAUGAAUACUAUGUUGGCUUGGAAGGAAGCUUCGGAUCCAAGCACGUUACACCAAGGACACUCCAUUCUUCUUAUCUCGGUGGAGUUGUGUGUGUUGAAGGAAUUGUGACGAAGUGCUCGCUCGUGCGUCCUAAAGUAAUGCACAGCAUCCACUACUGCCCAGCCACACAAAAGACGUUAGAGCGCCACUUUACCGAUCUCACCUCCUACGAUGCCUUCCCAUCAAGUGCAGUAUAUCCUACAAAGGAUGAGGACGGAAAUCUUCUGGAGACAGAGUACGGGCUCUCGCUGUACAAGGAUCACCAGACACUGAGCAUUCAAGAAAUGCCAGAAAAGGCCCCCGCUGGUCAGCUGCCCCGAUUCGUCGAUGCGAUCGUGGACGGAGACCUGGUUGACCAGUGCAAACCCGGAGAUCGGGUGCAAGUCGUUGGCACUUACCGCUGCCUUCCAGGAAAGCAGGGAGGAUUCACCAGUGGCACAUUCAGAUCCGUUCUGAUUUCCAACAACAUUCGUCUGCUGAGCAAGGAAGUGGCUCCAAAUAUUUCCGUCGAAGACGUGAACAAGUGCAAGGCCAUCAGUAAGCAGAAGGGGAAUGUCUUUGAGAUUUUGGCUCGCUCUCUGGCGCCAUCCAUCCAUGGCCACGAGUACAUCAAGAGGGCGCUGCUGUGUCUUCUCCUGGGAGGCGUGGAGAAGGUCCUUCCCAAUGGAACCAGGCUCAGAGGUGACAUUAAUUGCUUGCUAAUUGGCGACCCGUCAGUGGCUAAGUCCCAGCUGCUGCGAUAUGUCCUCCACACGGCACCGAGAGCUGUGGCGACUACCGGUCGUGGUUCUUCUGGUGUCGGUCUCACAGCGGCAGUCACUACUGACCAGGAGACAGGGGACAAACGUCUGGAGGCUGGUGCUAUGGUUCUCGCCGACAGAGGUGUCGUCUGCAUUGACGAGUUCGACAAAAUGUCGGACAUGGAUCGCACGGCCAUUCACGAAGUCAUGGAGCAGGGCCGUGUCACCAUCUCCAAGGCGGGCAUCCACGCGAGGCUGAAUGCGCGCUGCAGUGUACUGGCGGCGGCCAAUCCCGUGUAUGGUCGGUAUGACCAAUACAAGUCACCAAUGGAGAACAUUGGCCUCCAGGACUCUCUGCUGUCUCGUUUUGACCUGCUGUUUAUCAUGCUUGACAAGAUGGAUCCUGAGAGCGAUCGAGAAGUCGCGGACCACGUUGUCCGGAUGCACCAAUACAGAAACCCAGGGGAGCAGGAUGGUGAACCUCUGCCCAUACGAAGCACAGCAGACCUACUCACAACGCAUGACCCAGACCAGCUCGAAAAAGACAGUGACAAGGAGACGUCGAUCUACGAGAAGCAUGACGUGUUGCUGCACGGUUCCAAGCGAAGGACGGAGAAGACGAUCAGCGUUGAGUUCAUGAAGAAAUACAUCCACAUUGCGAAAGGCAUCAAGCCAACUCUGACCCAGGCAGCAUGCGACAAGAUUGCUGAAGAGUAUGCUCGAUUGCGCUCCUUCGACACCGAGAACACGGAUGUUGCCAGGACACAACCAGUGACGGCUCGUACCUUGGAGACGCUGAUUCGUCUGUCGACGGCGCAUGCCAAGGCUCGCUUCUCGCGCACAGUGGAGCCUGAGGACGCUCAGGCAGCCAUCCAGCUCGUGCAGUUUGCCUACUUCAAGCGCGUGCUCGAGAAGCCCCGCAAGCGCAGGAGGAAGGACGAGGGCGACUCUUCGGACGAAGGUGGAGAUGACGACGACGAUGGCGGCGAUGAAUCCAGUGGCACCAGCAAGAAGUCUACAAGCACAGCUUCAAAAAAGAAAUCCGGUGAAGGUGGUCAUGAUCCAUAUGACUUUGAGGAAGGCAGUGAGGAACCUGAUGACAAAACAGUGCGGCCAAAAAGACCUCGCAAGGACGAGCCGUCCACAUCGAGGGCUGCUGAUCUCCGCGACAGUGCCGCAGCUAUCUCCACGCAAAGGAUGGCCAAGUUCCGCAACCUGUUGGGCAAGCUCUUCAAGGAUACACACACCCAGUCUCAGCCCGUGUCCAACAUCAUCGAAUUCUUGGCCAAGGAAGAAGAAGUGGAACCAUUCACCCAGGAAGAAAUCGACAUCGCCAUCCAGCGCAUGAUGGACGACAACCAGGUCAUGCUCUCCGACGAGAUCGUGUUCCUCAUCUAAGCUGCGUCCUCGGGGAGGCACUAAUGUAUAUAUCUUGUAAUAAGCUGUGGUCUACGUCCUAUCAUCAUGAGGCACUACUAUACAGGUCUAUUUUGUGCACCUAUUCAUCGAGCGAAGUGUUGCUAGCACAGAGGAAGAUUUCAAGCGAGUCGACUCAAAGGAACUGUUCAUUCUAAUCGCGCGUAUACAGUGUUUGUAACGAGAAUUUAUAUUUGUAUUUUACAAUUGUUCUACAUUUCAUUUACAAUAAAAGUUUCAAAUUUCAA